AUGCAAAACAAACGAACAUGCCCCCUCUGCCGAUUUGAGUUCUUUGACAUUGAGUUUGACCACAACGACGACGAAUACGAUCUAUGGAUAAGCGAGACUGACUCAGCAAUCCAGCGUCUCGGGAUCUCCUCGGGUCCCAUUUCCACAUUAUCGUUUGUUCCAGAUUUUCCAGGGGAACGAAUUGCAAUUGAUGAGCUAGGCUUUUCCGCGACUCGCAGGUGCACAGCCGCACACCGCUCCUUCCACGCCUGUUUGGGAUGCUCUCUCUCAGCUCCCCCACAAUACGCCAGGCAGCCUUAUCGCCCUGCCGCCCAGACAGGUCGCCGCUAUGGCCACGGCAAGAACUCUAGAUCCUAUUGCGAGAGCGAAGAUGUCUGGAUCACAGCGCUAAUUGACGAGAGGGAUGGGCUGGCUGCGACCGGAGUAGGCGAUGGCUGGAUCAUGGCGCUCAACGAGGAUGAAGACGAGGCCUAUGAGCUGGAACUAUAUCGGCACCUGUACCUUUGUGAUGCCUCAAUGCAGCAGGCAUGGCUUGAAGACUCACUCCCGGAUUAUUUGUUCGACGAAAUGGUUGCCGGUCACAUGCAGUGGAUGCAUGAGAUGGGUGGUGAGGCCCAAUACGAUGUAUACGACGAGUUCGACUAUCUCGUUUAA